AUGAUCACGGACCACAGUGAAGAUGUCAAGGAACUUGAAUAUCAGAGCUAUAUCCCAUUUUGGCGUUUAUUGAUCGAUCAGCAAAUAAUCACGAAAGAGGUGCUGGAUCAUAAAUAUGAUGGCUCGGGAACUGAAGACGACCCAUAUGUCGUCCGUUGGCUUACAGUCGAUCCCCGCAAUCCCAUGGAAUUCAGUAUGGCUAGAAAAGCCGUCAUCACAUUCGCUACUGCUAUUGCAACCUUUGUCAUAUCCUUGACUUCUUCCGCCUACAGCGGUAGUAUUCAAGGUGUUAUCGAUGAGUUCGAUAUUGGCAGAGAGGUCGCUACGCUUGGUCUGUCUCUGUUCGUCUUUGGAUUUGCCGUGGGACCUUUAAUAUGGGCACCGCUGAGUGAGACAGUGGGACGGCAAAUUCCAUUCUUCGUAUCCUUUCUGGCUCUCUCUGCCUUUUCAGCAGGAUGUGCAGGUGCCCAAGAUAUUCAUACCUUAUUGAUUCUUCGGUUCUUCGGAGGAGCUUUUGGCUCUGCACCUCUUACGAAUGCUGGUGGCGUGAUUUCAGACAUGUUUGUCGCUAGACAACGCGGGCUGGCAAUGCUAUUAUUUGCUUCAACACCUUAUCUGGGCCCCGCCCUCGGCCCCAUUAUCGGUGGCUUUCUUGAAAUGAACGCAGGGUGGAGAGUGGUGGAGGGUUUUCUUGCCGCUUGUGCAGGAAUAGCUUGGAUCUUUAUGGCGCUUUUAGUACCCGAGACUUAUGCACCGGUACUGCUCCGUAAACGAGCAGCAAAGCUAUCGCUCCUUACAGGGAAGUGCUACCAGAGCAAACUCGACAUUGAAAAAGGGAAAAUCCCCAUUUCCAAAAAGUUGAAAACAGCAUUCUCCCGGCCUUGGGUGCUUCUCUUCCGUGAGCCCAUUGUACUUCUUCUGACCUUCUACGCCGCAUUGAUCUAUGGCGUGCUGUACAUGCUUUUUGAAGCUAUCCCGAUUGUCUACGAGGAUAUUCGAGGAUGGAAUGCGGGUGUUGGAGGUCUUCCUUUCCUGGGCGUCAUGAUCGGCGUCUUAUUCGGUGUAGCCUACACAGUAUGGGAUAAUAAACGAUACAUUCGGACACAAGAAAGACACAAUGGGUUUGCUCCACCGGAAGCUCGUCUACCCCCUUGUAUGUCCUCCGCCGUGGCAAUUCCCAUCGGUCUAUUCUGGUUCGCGUGGACCAAUUCCCCAUCCAUCCACUGGGCCUGCAGUGUUGCAGCUCUCAUUCCGUUCGGAUUUGGGCUACUCCUCAUCUACAUGGGAAUCGUCAACUACCUCAUCGACUCUUACACCAUCUACUCAGCAUCUGUUUUAGCAGGCAUGUCUAUUUUCAGAUACGCAUUUGGAGCCAUAUUCCCCUUAUUCAGCUCAUAUAUGUAUGCUGCUCUGGGUAUUCACUGGGCCUCGUCGAUUCCAGCUUUUGUGUCAGUUUUGUGCAUGCCGCUGCCAUUUUUCUUCUAUAAGUAUGGUGCACAGAUACGACAGCGCUGCAAGUAUGCUGCAUUGUCACAGAUGCGCCUUGAGGCAUUGCGGAAAUCGUCCGUAUCGGAAAAUCCGCCACUGCAAGUUUCGGAGGAAGGGACAGAGACCCAGCGAGGACUAGUGACGAGCCCCUAG